AGCAGCAGAGAUGGCUCACAGCUUCACUCAGGAGUAUUUUCAGAUCCCUGUGGUGACUCGAGCGUACACGACCGCCUGCGUCCUCACCACUGCUGCCGUGCAACUUGAUGUCAUCACCCCCUUUCAGCUCUACUUUAACCCCGACCUCAUCAUCAGGAGAUAUCAGAUAUGGCGACUGAUAACCAGCUUCCUGUUCUUUGGUUCUCUUGGAUUCAGUUUCUUGUUCAACAUCAUCUUUCUUUAUCGAUACUGUCGGAUGCUGGAGGAAGGUUGUUUCCGGGGCAGGACGGCAGAUUUUGUUUUCAUGUUCCUGUUUGGAGGAGUCGUGAUGACUCUGUUCGGUCUGUUCGCCAACGUCUUCUUCCUGGGCCAGGCCUUCAUCAUCAUGCUCGUGUACGUGUGGAGCAGAAGACAUCCACUCAUACGCAUGAACUUCUUCGGCCUCCUCAACUUUCAGGCCCCGUUUCUCCCCUGGGUGCUCAUGGGAUUUUCGCUGCUGCUCGGAAACUCCAUUGUGGUCGACCUCCUGGGCAUCAGCGUCGGCCACAUGUAUUACUUCCUGGAAGACGUGUUUCCAAACCAGCCGGGAGGAAAGAAGCUGCUGACGACACCAGACCUUCUGCGAGUCAUGUUUGACGAGCCGGAGGAGGAAGACCACCACCCCCUCCACGACCAGCAGCGGGACGAGGAGCCGCACCACUAAAAACUGAGACCACGGAAAUCAACGGAAAUCCACGAAACGAGCUGGUGGAUGCGUAAGCAAGAGAGUCACAAGAUGAGGAUUUACACCGAGUCCGGCGCCUUUUGUAAAAACAACGAAGCAGAAGGAUGAAACUAAAUCAUGAAUCAUUUUGUCUUUUCUUUACAAAUCUAAAUUCCGAAAGGAUUUUGGGAUUCGAUGGCACCACAUGUUAAAACUAGUUGAACUUGUACUUUGAGGGCUGAGAGGACUGAACCGUGACCCCUCUGCUGCUGGUUCACACAAACUGCCGACGGCCUGAAAUCCCAUCAGGCCCGUCUGCACACUCUGCACUUUCACCCUGUUGCCUUUGUGGGUCCGACGCCGGGGACAAAAUGGAAACUGCUUAGCACAACAACACGCAAACAAGUACCUGUGGGACCCCGACAACAAAACACACAACUCCAUCCUCAUCGAUAAAUAUGAGUCACUGCUGAGUUUGGACUGUUCGACGUUAUGAAGAAACCAGGUUCAUCAUGUCAGGAUGGAAAAUCAUCUACAGGAACAUUUACAGUGCCAUAAAAACCCCUCAGUACA